AUGAGAAUUACAAAUGAUUUAUUUCCAAGUGAAAUAUACAUAACGGAGGACGAAAAAGGGCCGGUUUAUAAUCAGCCAAGAGAGCAUUUAGACGAAAAAGCAAUGAUGUCUGUACCUGUAAAGAGCCAACGUGAAAUUGAGCAAAUGAUUGAUGAGGCGAACAAAAUGAGUGUUCUUCAGGCAAGGAAUUUUUAAAUUUUCUACGAUUUGUGAUAUUGUUAUAAAUAGUAUCUAAUAUACUCCAACCAAUCUUUUGAAUUUAAAAAUAAUCAACAGAAAGUACCUAGUAUAAAUGAUAAUUAAUUGUAUUCUAUUAUUUGUAAAGUGUAUUUUUUCACAACUUUUUUCCAUAGCAUAGGUUCAUUAUAUAAUGUUAUACACAAUUGAUUAAAGUUUACUACUAGUUGAUAAUUCUGCUGCUAUAUUAAUUAUUAUUACCAUACCCGGCUUACCUAUCAGAUUAAAUUAACAAUAUCCCUUCAUAACUUCUUGGAAUUUUAUUUUUAUUAUUUUUUUUUUUUUGGUAAUUGUAUUUUAUUGUUUACGUUUAAGAUUAAAUUUUGACGAAAAUCGUAAAAAUCAUGGUGUUUUGAAAUAAUUGUCAAUAUGAUAUCUUUAACCGAACUUUGCUAAGAAUCGUAAUUCAUCAGAAGUGAUAGUAUAUAGCUAUGUACAGACUAUAAAUAUCAAUUAAAUGACGUUAUGUUUCCUACAAUUUAAUUCUGAGUGUAGUGAAGAAUGUAUUGGUUUUACAAAGAUGUUUAUUUUCUUUUUCUUUUAUGUGAAUACUUUUUCUACCAGAAAGCUCACUUCGUUGUAUAUAAUGUAGACUUUUUCUAAAAAGGAAUUUUAUUGGGGUGCUACUUUAGAAAAGUAAUUUUUUGAUUUUCCCAAAAGUUUUCAAAAAAAUGUGAAAAACCAAGAAAAAACAUGGGAAAUCGGUACAAUAUUAAACAAAUAUUAUUAAAGAAAAUAUAUAAUGAAUUUUUAAUUAUUUUACCAUAAUAUGACUUAAAUAUUGUUGAUAAGGCAUCAAUAUUAACUGAACUCCGUUAUAAUCGUUUUUUUGUUAGUAAUGGUUUAUCGUUGAUCACAGAUAUAUAUUCAAUUCUCUUCCGUAUCCUACUUUCUCAACUUCCCACCUACAACAGUGAUUGCACCCGUUCCCAUCUUCCUAGGAUAGCUUUUUAACUUUUAAUUUAUAACAUUAUCACAUCAUUCACAUCCAUGAAUUGUAGCAGCUCAGCUUUUCUUAACUUUAAAAAAUACAAACUAACUUAUGUUUUUAGAAUUUAUUCAAAAUAUAUUCCUAUAGUUAAUACAUAGAAUAUAGAUACUAUUAGAUGUAUCAUACUAAUUAAUAAUAAUAACAAUUUUUCUUUUUUUUUUUUAGAAAAUCUCGGAAGACUAUAGAUUUUGUAUCAAAAACGUAAUUAAUACUACAUUAUUUAAAGAAGAUUUCUAUAAUUUAGAUUCGGGUAAUAUUGUUCAGGUAUCUAAAAAAUACUGCCAGUAAGUUUCAUAGAUAAUUUGUUUAAAUGCUACAAUUAUUAAAAACGUAUGAAUUUUUUACAGGAAUGUACCAGCUUUUCUAAAAUGUAAUGAUAUAUACCGAUAUCAAAUCGAUAAAUACGCAAAUGGAGAUAACAGAGCAGACCCAAGUAUAAUUAAAUUAAUUUUUGAAGAAACUUUUAUAACAUUUAUAUGCUCACUGGACAGCCAGAGUUUGACAGGUAAGAGUUUUGUUUAACAAUAAAUCGUGAAUACCUCAUAAAUUAUUUUAUUAUUACUAUUUUUAUCUUAAAAGUCUAAACAUAAUUAUUUAGACAUAAUUAUAUGUAUAGGUAUAAGUAUAAAAUAUUGGCAAAACAAUUACUAUACAAAUAUAAAUGUAUUAUAGGUUUUAAAAUAUUACUCAAGGUUUCUUUUUUUUUUUUCUGAAUGCACUAUUUUAUAAUUAAUGUAUAAUUUUAUAUUUUUUUUUUUAUACAGAGUGAUUCACGAUUGCAAAUGUAAUAUUUUUUUUUAUCUGUUCAAUAUUUUUAAGUUUUUUCCUUUCGUUUUAUGGAAUAAUUAUAGAACUUUGCGCAGUGAUUCUUAUAUUAUCUUUAAAACUUUAAAUAAGAAUUUUAGAAUACAAUUAUUAUUAUUAUUUUUUUUUUUUUACAGUAAUUUUACAACAAAAUAUCACUCAUAUUACAGAUGUUUGCUAUUGAUGAUGAAUCGUUCAUUUCCUAAAAUUGUCGAAGUUUCCAAACAUUUAAAUUAAUUUAAACAUUUAUUUCAUUGUCACUACAAUAAAUAAUAACUAAAUAAAUAAAAAGACGUCCUAAGAUAAUAGGGACGGGUGCAGCCACUAUUAUAGAUGAUUUAAUGUAUACCUUGUAAGCAAUGAUAAACCAUUUCUUACGAAAAAAUUCUGAGCGGAGUUCAGUUGAUAGUGAUACUUUAUCAACAAUAUAUAUGCCAUUUUAUAGUAAAAUAAUUAAAUAGGCUUUAUAUAUUUUCUUUAAUAAUAUUUGUACAGAUUUUCCCAAUUUUCUUACAUUUUUGCCGGUUUUCCCAUGUUUAUCCCGGUUUUUUACAUUUGCUUGGAAAACUCUUGAGACAAUCAAAAAAUGAUCUUCCUAAAGUAUCUUCCUACACCGAUUUUCUUUCAGAAGAGGUGCUAAACUUAGAAAUCUGAGUAAGUCUUUUGGUAGAAAAGUUGUUAACAUAUUAAAAAAAAUAAAUAAACAUCUUUGUUACACCAUAAUCAUUGUUACUUCGGUCCACUCAGAAUCUAAAGUAUAAUUAAUAAAUAAUAAAUGAGCAUAAUAAGUAAUGACAAAUAUUAUCAUAUAACUUUGUAAGUUUACGUAGUAUUUUAUGACAAAUAAAUUGAUAUUAUUUAGUAGCGGUGAUGGAUAUAAAUUAAAUCAUCAUAAAUGUCGAAACGUUUAACGACUCAUCAUUAGUAAACAUUGACUUUUCCAAUUUUUUUGUUUUUAACUAUUAAAUUAGCGAUAGUCGAUUUGUUGCUUCGAAAAUCAUGUUGCACGAGGAACAAGAAUAUUUCUGAAAAAAUGAUGCGAUAUUUUAAUAAACGAUUUUAUAAAAGAAUAUAUCUCGAGAAAGAUAGAGCUUGAAAAAUUCAAUUAUAAAAGGAAUUAGUUCACCUUGUUAAGACAAAACUAAUUCCAUGUUGGUUCCAGGACUGAAGAAAAGAACUAGUUCCUUUUUCGUUUCUAACAAAGGAAAAUGUUUUGUUACUCAAAUAAAAAUAUGAAUUUGUACAUUUUCUUUUAUUAAAUUUUAAUAUUUUAUGAACUCCAUGUACGCCAUUUGCAGAUAUUCUUCACGCGACAUAAUUGGGAAAAAUGUAUAAAAAAAAAAUAUAUUUUGAAAAAUGUUUAGGGUUAUUGAAAUGAUUAAAAUCAGGCAGUUAUAUCUAAAAAAAAAAACCGAAAAAAAUCGCUCAUGUUCCUAAAAUAAAUUAACGAAAUUCCAAUUCGUUCCAUCGCAGACCUGUUCCCGAUAAAUCCUGAAAAGUGAACGAAAUCAAAAGAACGAGUUCCUUCCGAGCACUGGAUUACCUAAAUUUAUGUUUUUUUUAUUUUUUUUUUUACAUAUAUAUAUAUAUAUGCGAAAAUGUACAUUUUUGAUUUUUAUUUAAUAGAUUACCAACUAUUUACUUAUUUCAUUAUCUAUUACUAUAGAUAAGUAUACCGUAUACAUAGAUAUAUUUAUGAUAUAAUUUAAAUUGUUUCAGACAUAUUUCUUACAUAAUAUAACGCCGCGUUAUCGUAAUAAUAAUAUAUUAUAAUAAUCAUGUCAUAAUUCACUAUUAUUUAUACAUUUUUUGUCUGUGCAGAAUUUUACGUGGUAGGUGGCCUACAAUGUUUAUAUGUGCUAUCAAAACCAUUGAAUCAAUGUGUGAAUUUGUCGUUCAGUAAGUACAAGCAAACACAUCUGUCCGAUUCGGAUACAGGUCGGGAAUUUGAAAAUCAAUGCAAGUAUGUAUUGAAAUAUAGCACCUACACUACUUCUUAUUACGCGACGAUAUGA